AUGCUGGCCAAGACUGAACCACUGGGCAGAUUCUCUUCACAAAAGCCAGUCGACGGGGUUGACUAUUACGACAAGAUUAUCGCCCCACGGAUGGUCUGGUUUGACUCUGAAAAGAACAUCUACCGUCGCUAUAUUCUACCUUUAGCGCAGACAAACGAAUGCGUUCGUCUGGCUAUCGAGGCAGUCUCCGCACAACAUGCGGUCGGUGACCUAAUAGACAGUGUUCCCGAAGAGGUACGACUCGAGGCACAGACUAAUGUCACGCAUUACCGAAACGAGGCUGUGAAAAGGAUCACCGACUUUAUCACCAAUGUAACAGACCAGGUUGCCAAAGAUGAGGAAUUCGGUCUGUAUGUGGACGAUGCGGAAUGGAUCCUGGCCACAAUGCUAGUCCUGUCUUGCUAUGAAAUGGCGCACUCGGGCGCCGAAGCUGCGGAAUUCCACAGGAAAGCAGCUCGCUCACUGGUGGCCACUCUUUCCAUGACCGAUCACCGAAAGAGCAAGUUCUUGCCCUCGAUGAGAAACAAACUCUCAACCUAUGAGGUCUUUGGCUGCACAACAUCCUUUGAUCUGCAGAGUAUACAAGAUGCCGUGCUCUCCGAUCCUGCAGAUGAAAUGGAGGGCGAUGAUGAGACAACUCUGUUCUCUGGAUUUCUCAACAUGUUGCACGAGGUCACCAUGAUUGGGCGAUGUGUUACAGCCCCAUCCGGAGCUUGUCGUGAUUGGAAAGCAGAAUUUGAAAUCACGCGCGGAGUCACCUUGAUGGCAAUUGGUAGACAUUCCAUCAAGACACCCGCUCACCGUCGUGACCUUAUCCGGCUCGUGGACAUUCAUUACAACGCUGCUCUUCUAUACGUUUUCAGAUGUCUUGGUCCCGAAGCUUUUGGUGAUGUGGAGACAACGAUUUCAGAUCUCUUACGGCAGGUCAACGCGAUGGAAGACAUAGACUAUUGGGUUCAAAAUCUACCAUGGCCUCUAUUUAUAGCGGGCACCGAAAGCUAUGGCGAUCCUGAUAGACAGAUCGCCAUUUCCCGGCUAUACAUGAGAAUCCGGUAUGUCACCGGCCUUCGACAUUACCAGGAUGUGCUGAGUUUCUUGGAUGCAUUUUGGUCUGGUGCAGAGACUGACUGGCAAGUAUUAGCCAGAGAUUGGGAGGCAUCGGGUAGAAGAAUAUUAGCAUAUUGA